GUUGUAGUACUUGAGCUGAUCUACGGGCUGAACUGUACCUUAUGCAUCCUAAAGGCUUGAUUUUAUGGCUUCGUGCGGCGUGGUCCUUGGUAUGGUACGCAAUUUGGACAGUGCAAUGGACUCUGGGCACACUAUCAUCACAGACUCCCAGAAGGGCCAGGCCCUCGCAUUCUGUUCAAUCUCAUACUUAUAGGCUCAGUUUCUCAUUCGAGUCAAAGUUAGAAGCCCGCAUACUACCAAUACCGGAUUAAAUUUGAAGCAUUCCAAAUCAACUACAAAUUGCAAUGACAAAGCCUCGUCUAGGCCAUAAAAAGUCUCGAAAUGGAUGCAUGCAAUGCAAAAAGCGCCGAGUCAAGUGUGAUGAGCAAAAGCCCUGUGGUCACUGACACAACGCCGAUUGUUCAUUGCUGUACCAUGAUCCAAGGAAGAGUAGUGAUGGAGGCAGCCCGCGACGCAGAUCUCAAGUCCGCAUUCUACCAAGUAUCGCAAGAUCUCCAGCUUCAUCCAGUGAAACAUGUUGCAACUCUUGUACAGAGCACAAGUCGAUUGCAUGUCUUCCAAGUAGCACUUCCACAGCUUGCAUUUUCGCACGAAUAUUUGAUGCAUGGUAUCCUUGCGCUUUCGGCUCUUCAUCUAGCAUACAGAUGUCCUGGAAGACGCAACGAAUACACCCUGAUGGCCACUUACCACGAGCAGAUUGCACUUGGAGAGUUCCGUGCAGCGCUAUCUCAAGUCACCCAAGAUAACUGCCACGCCCUUCUUGCCCUCGGUGCUCUCCUCGCCAUCAUGCCUUUCGCAAGCACGGCCUCCCAACGCUCCCUAAUCCCAAUAAUCCCAAGCAUGGACGAAAUCGCGCAAUCGUUUCACCUCAUCCAAGGGAUCAAGAACAUCCUGCAAUCACCAUCAGCCAUUGGCAUCGUACAAAAUGGACCCCUAGGUCCGCUACUUCGAUGCGGGUCGCCUGUUGCGCCAGGCACGCUAGGCGGCGCCUUCGCAGAAUCACUAGACAAACUCGAACAUCUGAACAACGGAGGUAUUGUCUGUAAGUCAAUGCCGGCAGACCACAUCGCUUGCAAAGGUGCGAUAGCGGGUCUGAGGCAGACAUACGCGUUGAUCCGUGCAGAAGACGUGGUGAGGGAGUUUGCCGUCUGGACUUGGCCGUCACUCGUGCCAGCGCGAUUCCUUGAUUUGAUCAGGCAGAGGCAUCCGAUGGCACUGGUUAUUCUGGCUCAUUUUGGCGUUCUGUCGAAUCUGUUUGUGAACUCCUGGUUUCUUCGGGGCUGGGGUGCGUGUGUGCUUCAAGGGGUGGUAGGAGAAUUGGAUGCAGCGGGACUAGGGAUGAGAAGAUGGGUCGAUGAACCAAUAAGGUGGCUCAGACAGGGUGUAUCAUUGUGAAAGUUCCAGCUUCUUUGUCCUGUGUGUUAGCGUUGUUGGAGGUUGUCUAAGGGUGGUCUGCAAGUUCUUCGUCUUGAGCGUGGCAUUGGAGGCGUUGUACUGAG